AUGGAAAACAAGUCGCCCGGUCUUAAUGACCGAUUUGCAAGCAUAGAGAUCGACAAAACAACCUUUGAUCGCCAAAAUCAGCCAAAGUCUCCCAGAAAAGCUUACCCUCAGAGCCUCUACCCUCAGAACUACCCAGGGUCUACACCAUCUCGGGCACCGGUUCUCUCUACAGCCCGCCGUGCAGAGUCCAGAACGCUCCUGACAUCUAAAAUAGCACCACUGAGUUCCACUUCUCUGGCUGUCCAGAAGCGACAGCUACACAGAAGUGGUCUGGGGACACCUAAUGCCGCCGAUUCUCCAUCCAGUCUUAAGCCUGCUAGGCAGAAACAGCCAACUGACUUGUCAAAUUGCUCAUUCAUGCAGCAAACAUCGUCUUCACGAAAGAAGCAGUCGAGUUCAGAAAGAAGUGUUGCCCAAACAAGAGCCGUUUCUCACUCGGAAGUCUACAACAGGCGACCAGCACAAAAGAAGCGCCAGUUGAGUAGAGGCAACCACUUGGCUCAUAUUACAAACAAACCAGAUGUUCCGAUGCUCACAGAUUCUUUUGGAGAUAAACCAACUUUAUUCUGCAAUGCUUCACCGUCUCGUCAUGUGUCUACAGCAUAUACCUCCAAGGCUAAAGAAGACGUAUACACCCGCUUGUACAACACUUCUGUGCAACAAAGGGCCAAAAUGGACAAGACGCGGACACCAUUACGUGAUCGGAAUGUUGGCGGGGCUCUGCAACUAGGCGCACCUCCAGGCAUGCCCUCUGUAUCUAAAUCCACCAUUCCCAAAUCAUCCAGCAUUCCAAAGUCGUGUUCCAUUUCCAAAACGGCGAACCUAUCAAAACCACCGACUAUGCCACGGUCCUCAAGCAUUCCCAAAUCCAUGUCCACCAUUCCAAAAUCUGCAUCUUCUUUGUCAUUAGCAUCUUACACCCAGGAUAAUGGUCCUUCCAAGCUUCUGACCCUAACGGACAUGUACAGAGCGAUUUACAAUAAGGAUCCUGCUCUUUUUGAAGAGACAAACUCUUUAGGUAUAGAUAUGAUUCCUAACCCUUCUCUUAGUUCACAGGAGUUGUUAGAUAAUCUGGGCCAUAACUUCUCCAUAUAUGAACGUGGAGAGGUAAUGAGAAAACAACAUCUAUACUAUGCACCGCAAUCAUUGACGAAAAGUGAAGCUUAUAUCAAUAUCUCCAGCUACAAAAACAACUACGGCUUUGACGACUCCGAUGGAAACUAUAUUAUUCGACCCAAUGAACAGAUUGAAUUUCGGUAUGAAAUCUUGCUGGUUUUGGGUACCGGGUCCUUUGGCAACGUGGUACUUUGCUCCGACCACAAGUACUCAAACAGCACACAAAAGCGGUACGUUGCAAUUAAGAUCAUUAAAAAUGAGCUCGAUUGGUCUCUUCAAGCAGUGAGUGAAAUCAAAAUGCUUAAACUUUUGUCUCAAAAAGGUCUGUUCAAUCAGUAUUUACUAAAUUAUUGUGACCACUUUCAUUUUCGUGGCCACAUGUGCAUUGUGACAGAGGUACUUUCUGUAAAUCUUUACACGUUCUUGGAAAUCAUUGGCUUCCUGGGAGUUUCUUUUAAGCUUCUCAAACGAUUUGCUACCCAAAUUCUAAAGGGCCUAGAUUAUAUUCACACGAAAAAAGUGAUUCACUGUGACAUUAAGCCAGAGAAUAUUAUGAUUCAUUUGCCUUCCAAUUUCAACCUGAACUCGUCUCAAGAUCCUCCUGAUUUUGAAGUUCGGAUCAUUGAUUUUGGCUCCUCCUGUUUGGAGUCAGAAACCUCUUUUUCAUACAUUCAAUCACGAUUUUAUCGUGCACCAGAGGUAAUUCUUGGUGCUAAAUAUAGCAGCAAGAUUGAUAUUUGGUCUUUCGGUUGUGUCAUUGCAGAAAUGUUCUCUGGGGUUCCGCUUUUGCCAGGCAAAACAGAGUUAGAACAGAUUGGCCUAAUUCUCGAACUAUUUGGUUCUCCGCCUAGCUCCUAUAUUGUUUCUGAACGUAAGCGGCUUAUGCUGCAACUAAAAAUGGGUGGAACCAAGAACUUCAAUGAUCCUUUGGUUUCCGAUCCCGUAUUCAAUGGUCGCAAUCGAAUGCCAAUAGACGAGCGAAAGAUCAAGAAAACUCUCCUCUAUUCGCUCUUCAAUCUUGAAGGAAAAAUCAACCUCCAAUUCCUUAAUUUGCUGUUGCAAUCUGCUGGUAGAGCAACAACAGGCACAGCACCUAGUCCAUUUAAGAGGAAUGUAAAGCUCAACUCCAAAUCUCUUGAAGUCGCAUUGAGGCUACAUAGUGUGAGAGAGAAACGACAAGAAAUCGCGCAAUUCUCGAAAUUUUUGACCCGAAUUUUUCAAUGGGAUCCACUUGAUAGACAGAAUCCUAGAGAGCUAUUGGAGAGCUCUUUUUUGGCGUAA